CGUCUCUUUCCUUCAACGAUUCUCGGACCCAUACCCACUCUACUCUCUUUCUUCUCCACGGCAGUCGCAGUGGAUUUAUGUUAAACGCGGUAUUCCACACACACACACCUCUUUUUUGGUCUUUCUAGUCUCCUUUUCCUCUCUCUCUCUCUCUAUAGAACAAAUGGGUCUUUGUUUCAGCAGGAAGAAGCGCCCUUCUCCUCCUCCCGAUCCCGUAUCAAAAUGCAUCCCGGAUGAGAAGGAGGUUGAGAAGAAGAACGAGAAGCAAGUAGUGGUUGCAUCUCAGCCAGCGGCAAAAGUAGCCGCUGAGACGAAGCCGGUGUUCGUCAUCACCCAGACUCCGAAGAAGAAUGCCAGCGCGGAAGAGAAGGGUAAGAAGAAAGGGGAGACACCCAAAAAGAAGAGCCAACAGAAAGAAGAAGAUACGCGUAAUGGCAGUGGCAGUGAUCGGAGUGGCUUGGUGGUGGAUGUUCCAGCGGCCCCGCCGGUGAGGACAUCCAGCUGCACGAAAGAGGAGGUGGAUGCUAUACUCAUCCAGUGCGGCCGCCUCAGCCGCAGCUCAUCAGGGAAUGCCUCUAAUGAGAACGGGGUUGGGCAUAGGAAGUACUCCGGUUCGAAGCGGAGCUACGAUUUCGAUAAUGAAAAGAAGGGGGAUGAGGAGGAGGGGGAGUGGGAGAAGCCAAUCUCCAGGCCUUCUCCCCACCGAAGGACGCCCGGCAGAGAGCGGUCGGGGAGCAGGGAAAGGAGUAGCGGUGGGGGGAGGAGGGUGAGCCGGUCUCCAGGGAGGAGAUCCGAAGGUCCAAUCUCAUCUGGCUCUGCCGGCGACAGAUCAAGGCAACCUGCCAAGAUGGUGUCCGUCCCGGCGAGGGAGAAGGGUGGUGGUGGUGGUGGGUUCACCGAGGCUGGAGGGAUGGCCAAGAAGACGGUCUCCUCUGCUGUGGCUAACAAGAGAGGUGGGGAACGGAGGAGGAGCGCAUCCCCUCGCUCCCGGUCACCUGCAAAUACCACCACCACAAGGACGGGAAAUGAGAAUGUCCUUCAUCACAAUCCUCCUCAGCCUCAAUCUCUCAGCCGAAGCUCAUCGAGGAAGGCGGAGCAGUCGCCUGGCAAAAGGAACCCGAUGGCCGGGAUAGAUGAGAACUCCCUCGGCCUCGGGGGAAACCACAAUGGCAGCAGCAACUACAACAAGGCAUUGAAAGCCAGAGAAGGGGAGAAAGGGAUGAGGAAGCUCCGUCGAUCACAAACUCCGAAAUCAAGCGAAAACGGUGCCCAAAUGCGCAAAUCCGAGCAGAGAGCUGGAGGAGCGGUGGAGGUCUCAAAUGGGCUUAGAAGCAACAAUGUCAUCAGCACCUCCGUUCGCGAGCAGCUAAUUCGCUGCCAUGCCAAGGAUCGGCAACUGGAGGAGCCUGAGAUGGUGGUGAAGGGAGCUGUGCAGCCGAUGGAUGGUGAGGCUCCUUCGACGGGCGUCGGGGUGGAAAGCCCGAACCCAAGAACCAUAACAAGGAGUAGAUCUUUGAAGAGAUCUUCCAGAGAUUUUGAUCAUGCUCUGGGUCCGAACCCAGACGGUCACCUCAAUCCAACAUCCUACACCUCCUUGCUCCUCCAAGAUAUCCACAACUACCACCAUCAAAGCACUGCCUUUUCUCUCCCAGCUUGCGUCUCCAAGGCCUGCUCCAUCCUUGAGGCAGUGGCUGAUCUCAACUCCUCUUGUUCUGAGAACAAGAGCUCUCAUGCAGAGGGGUCUGACCACAACAAUGGCUCGCUCCAUGGGCGAUUCGGAAGAAGGGGUGUGGUUUCCAAGGCCCCAUUUGUUGAAUCUGAGAUCAUCGUGAAGGAUGAUCUGAUGGAGCCCAGCCUCCACAAAUACGUCUCGGUGAGAGACUUUGGAGGUGAGAUGGACCCGCAAGAAUCAGCAGGGAGCAAUAGCUUCAUAGGACAGCCCUGGUCAUCUCCUUGGGAGCCCAAUUCGAUUGAUUCCACCGACCGCGAUUGGACUUCACAUUCUAACAAUGGUGAGGAAGUGGAACAACUGCAGCAGCAGCAAGAGUCGAUGCCGGAGAUCGCCCUCCACUCCGAAGCUCGGGGGAGGAGACUGAGGGGAGGAUCUUGUAGCAACAGCCUUCCAACUACGAUGUCAUCAGGUCGCAAGAAGAGAGAGUUUGAUCAUCAUCAUCACCAGCGUCGCCGUGGUCGUAGCGGUUUUGGUGGUGGGAGUGGAAAAGCUGGCAGGACUACUCGGUCCUCGUCACUGCCUGUUGCUGCUGCCAGCUCUUAGGAGCAAUAUCAUGUGGCUUUAGUGUUGCAAUGUUUGUUGUAUUUGGGUUGAUGUCGUCAUACCAAGACAUUUUGCUCUUCAAAGAAGUGAUCUUUUUAUCUGAUGCAGUCAUUGCAACGACAGCAGCCAUGUAUACCCUCUUGAUUGUUCUUGUUGUGUUUAGUAUUCAAUAGAAAACUCGAAUCAUAUUGUUCCAGUG